AUGAAUAGCAUUGAUAGUUAUUAGAGUAAAGCUACAAUUAAUGCAUAAUCGAUUAUUUCUAAGAUAGCCACUCGGAAUGGGCAAGCUGAGUAAGUUGAUCAAAUUGAAUAUUAGUCAUAGCUCCUUGAUUGCAGCUUUGGAUGAGGAAACUGUUUCAGCUGCUUGGAAUGCAUUUGGUAUUUCCUCACCCACUAUUAUUAAGGUCUUCAUAUUUCAAGACAACUGCGUAUGGGUAGAGGAGUGGCAGUCAACAAGUUUGGAACCUUUUCAUUUAGUGCUCCAGACGUAGUUUUGGAUGGAGUAACAAAUCCAGUAGAUAGAGAUAAGUAGCCUCGUUAACCAGUAUUUCUUGUUGCUAAAGUAUUUCAUCUAAGUUACUCUAAGGAAUUUGUUAAUGGCUUUAAUCUUAAAACUGCCAUAGCCAUUGGCCGAUAAUUAAGACCUUAUAAUAUUCAAACAUCUGGUAAAAUUUAACAUGCUAUCGUCAAUUGGGCUGAGAUUGCACUCUAUGCCUCUUAGAAUAAGGAUUCUGCUAAGAUGGCAGUGGAAAGAGUGUUAAAAUCAUUAUCUGAUAUUGUGCGAAACGUAUUUAGCAAUCAUUUAAUUAUAGAGAGACAUUGUAGAAGUUGAGAUCCCAUGCGUUGGUACUUUCUUUGUCAAAGCGCGUUGUGCUGCAGUCUAGUUCCUUGAAUCUUUGAUGGAUAGUUGCAAAGUAACAAGCAUCUUUUAUUCAAAGGAAAUAACCAAAAGACCCUUGUCAGAGAGAAAAUCGAAGGGGGACAUGAGAUUGACUCAAUAAUACCUGCAAUAAUUAAGUAGAAGUUCCCAUCCAGAGGAAAAUAACUUUGUAAUUGAUGACAACGCAAAAAAUUAUCUUACUAAUUCGCUGGGAAUUGAAUUGCCAGAAACAAGACCCAAAACAGCCAAACAUUCCUUAUAUUCAUCCAAAAAAGGACCUCUAACUAGUAAAACUGUAAAUAUUAAUGGCUAUUACUCCAUUAGAUUGAAGUAAGACCAUCAACACAACAAGCUUCAAGAAUAGGUUUCUCAAGAUCUGUAAAUGACAAAGUUUAUGCACUUGAAAGAUUGAAAUAUUACAUUAGAGAUCAUGCAUUAAAUAUAGAAGAUGUAAAAUGAAUUUCAUAUUCCAAGUCCUUUUUAGAUUUGUGUUAAUAGGCUUUUGGAAAGACCAAUGAAAGAAAAGUUCGCAUGAAUUUUGAUGAUUUCAAAAGAGCUGUCCUACAAAUUUAAUUGCCUCUCAAUGAAAUUCAAAUUAUUACAUUGUUUUAGACACUCGAUGUGAAUAAUGAUGGAUUUAUUGAUAAAUUUGAUUGGCUGAAAGCUGUUGUAGAUAAAAGUAAAUAUUAAUGCCUUAUAUUAAUUGAAUAGAAACUCAUGUUAAUUACAUCAAGGAUGUGGUCUAUAAAUUCUAAAUUCACACUGAUGAUCUAUUGCAGAGAAUGAAUUUAAAUAGAGAUCACCCUCCAAUCAACCUCCAGUAACUGAAAGCUGCUUUAAUGCAUUUAGACGAAUCGUUGAAUUAGAAUAAAGCACUGAAAGUAGCAAAAGAGAUUUUGGAUGGCAAAGAAACCAUCAGUAUGAAUGACAUUUUAAUCCUAUUCAAUACAGUUGAAGAGGAGGAUAAAUUAUACGAUCUGUCAUGGUUCAAAGAUACUCUCCAUAAAAUGAGAGAUCACUUAAUCAAUCCUUAGAAGUUGAAAGUGUUGAGACAAUCUUUCGAAUAUUUUGAUGAGCAUUAGGAAGGUAAUUUGGAUACAGCUAAUUUUAAAACUGUAUUGAUGGAGAGUCAAUUGGGAUUGAAUGUUUAAGACAUAAAUAGAUUGGUUCGAUAUCUGCCAAAGAAUAGAGAAUCUUUGAUAAAUUAUUACGAUUUCAUUUAAAUGAUUAUGGAUGUUGAUAAGUAAAUGGAGUAAAAGGAUACAGCUAAAGACCUUGUUGAUUUUGCUUAAAAAAUCAGUAAGUACCUGACUCAGAGAAAGUUUACAGUCAUUCAAUUUUUAUAAUAAGUAAAGUCAGGAUAUGGUUCUUGUAAUAUUGAAUCUACUUCUCAAUACCUUGAAAAGAAUCUCUUUUCGCAAUUACCCCAUGAAGAAUGUUUGGAAUAUUGCAGAGAAAUGGAUGUAGAUGGAAAUGGAGUUGUGAGUGAUGAAGAUAUGAAUAUUUUCAUUAAACGCUAUUCUUAUUUUAACAUAAGAAAAGAUCAAUCUCAAAUUGAAUAAAUUGCUGAAACCAUGAAAAUCAAACCUUAAUUCGGUGACACCUUAUCAGCCAUUGAAAAAACUUUUGUCUAAUCCAAAUCUAUUGAUUUAGUGACUAUGGGGCAAAAAAAGAUGUUUUAAUCUUUAGUUGAUGGAAUGAGUCAAACGAAAAGUCUUUUCCCCAUUGAAGAAUUGCCAGAAUCAAAGUUUGAUCAAAUUCUAAAAGACUUACGUAUUAAAUUAACAAGGAAGGGAAUGUCUUAUGAUGAACUCUUUACCUUUCUAGACACUGAUCAUAAUGGAUUCUUAUCAAUUAGCGAAUUUUAUAAUAUUGAUAAAAUCAUGACCUUGAGCUAGCCAGCUAAGGAUGGGUUUUUUGCCUUUAUGGAUAAGUAGAAGAUUGGCUUAAUUGAUUUAAAUACCUUUGUAAAGUUUUUGAGCAAGUCAAUAAUAUAGUAGAUGCCAUAAUUAUCAGAAGACGAUUGGGAUUGGGAGUUGGAGAUCUUAUUUAAGAUAAGAAAUUGGUGUCAAAGGGAGAAUAUUACUAUUGAGGAUGCAUUCAGAACAUUUGAUAAGGAUUUUGAUGGAUAAAUAAACAAAACUGAUUUAAGGACAUUUUUAAAGGACAUCUUGAAAAUAGAAGAGAAAGAGAUUACUGAGGCCAAAAUUAAUAGAUUAUUCAAAUUGAUGGACUAAUAUAAAAGAGGAAAAAUAACAUUAAUGGAUUUUAGAAGAUUUGUAGAAGAAGGAUUUUUCUAUGGUAAAAACAAACAAAUAUUUGGAUAAAGUACAACUUUGGCAGGAAAACAAUAACAAGAAUCUAAAUCUUCCUUUGAUUGGAAGAUGAAUGCUAGACAAUAGAUAGGAUUAAUAAUAAGUAGACAUUAUCCAAAUGUGAAGGAAUCUUUUGAUAUAGUUUCAGGAUAUCGUAAGAAAUUGGUAUUCUAGAAAUUUAAGAAGUGGAUAGAUGAAAAAAAUGUCUUGGCAGGAUUUGAUUUAACAGAAAAAUUAGUGUAUGAGAUAUUUUCAGACUUGGAUUCCCAUAAAAAAGGUUAUUUGGUAGAGUCAGAUUGGUUGAAUGCAUUUGCUCAAUAUAAUUGGUAGGAGUAGAUGAUUAAGGAGAUUUAGGAUGCCUUAUCAACGUAUUUCUCUAGCAUUUAAAAUGCAAUCCAUUAUUUUUAGAUGGAACACAGCCACAUCAUUACUAAAGAAAGCUUCUAUAAGGCUUUAUAAGCAUUGUUUCCAAAGAGAUUUGUUGAAGGAGAUAUUGAAAUCCUAUGGAAUAGAGUUUAGAAGAAUGGGUCAUUAAGUAAUCAUGCAUUUGCACUUAUUUUUGGAAAAGGAGGUAAAAUAUAUGAGCCCACAGAAGGACAAUAAUAAUAAUUAGCUAUUCGUCCAGCAACCUAAGGGUAUUUUAUAAAAAGUAUAAUAUUUUAGUGGACUAUCCGAAUUACCUUUGGAUGAAAGAAAUUAAGUGAAUAUCAGCUUAUUAGACAAGAUCAGAAGGUUCUUACGAAAUUCAAAUAAAAAUCUUAAUGACCUAUUCAAGUAGUAUGAUUUAGACAACACUGGAUUCAUAACUAAUCUAGAAUUCAGACAGGUUAUCCGAAGUUUGAAUAUGGGAUUGACCUUUUAGGACAUUGAUAUUUUAUCUGCUAUGUUGGGUACAGAUAGAAAUAGUAUGGUGAAUUGGAAGGAGUUUUCUAAGAAAUUGGAUUUUAGAUAAGCUGAUAAUAAGAUACUUGAGAGAGCUGGCAUUCAUUUAUAAAGAGUCAAUGAUCACAUUUAUCAUUAUUUGUUGUCUCCUAAAGAUGCAUUCAGAUAGAUAGAUGCUCAACACACAGGAUUUCUUACCUUUGAUAAAUUUAAGGACAUGAUUGAAAUGCUAUAUAGAUUGGCUACUGAAGAAAUUCCACCAUUUGCUAUAAUAAAAGAUCUAUUUGAAUUUAUUGAUAAACGAAGGGAUGGACAUAUAGAUUUGACUGAGUGGAUGGAUGCAUUUUCUAAAUUCUCAAAUCCUAAUGAGAAGAAAAGGUUUUAUAUAGUUUUAUGAACAAUUUUAGACCGGUGAGUGCUAACGUCAGAAUUAAGAAGGCCUCUCAGAAGUCAUUAAUGGCAUAGACAGAUAAGAAUUGGUUGGCCAAGUCGAAUGGACCUUAUCAUCAAUAAUUUGAAGGAUUAACUGAUGAUGGAUUGAUAAAUGCUUAGAGCAAAUUCAAAACAUUCCUCAGGAAACCACCUGCCAAAUAGAAUGCUCUUCAAUAUGUUGGUAUGUAUUGGCACUUAACAAACAAUUAGAGAAUGGAAUUUGGGAGAGUUCAAAAGAGUUUGAUAGAACCAUAAAUGCAAUUGGGAAGAAUAGAAAAUACCUUUUGGAAAUCUUUAAACAUUUGACACAGAAUGGACAAAUCCCACUGACGGAAGAUGUAAUUAAGUGUUUAUAUAUUCGAAUAGCUUAUCAAAUAAGAGAUGGACAAGAUGUUGAGAUCUUAAGGAAUUGUUGUCAGAGAUGAACAGUGGCCUCAACUAAUCUCUUGGUCAAAGAAGAAUGGCCGCAUUGAUUAUAAAUUUUUACUUGAAGUGUACAAAGAUCGCUUAAAUGGAAUGGAUACCCAACCCAGAACGGGGGAUGACGAGUGAAUAUUUAUUAAACUAGCUGG